AUGGAAACACCCCACUGCUGUGCAUUGCUCGCCCUGCUGCUUGCGGCGUGCGUCUGCAUUCAGGUCUAUCGUAGCAACGGCGAGGACCUACCGAUAUGGCUCCUGUACACCUCCGGGGUGGCAGCCACUUCAGUCAACUCGAUACUGCACUUCGGCUACGAGUCGGUCGACGCUGCGCCCAUGCACCAGGGCUACUUCUCGAAAGAGGCCGUGGUGGAAGGUCACGUGCGCCGGGGCCGGCGCGAGUUGAACGUGGGCUCCUUCUUGGCUGCGGAGAUGUGGCGCCUUGGCCGCAACGCCACGGCCUUGGAGCUGGGCUGCGGAAACGGGCAGCUUACUCACAGCCUGAACUCAAUCUCGGGUCUGCGAUGUGUGGGCCUGGAUGGUUACAAGGCCAUUCAGAGCCUGGGCGAAAACUACCGGCAGUGGGAUCUCACGACCUUCUUCCCCAUGGAGGGGGUGGACUACACGAUCUCUUUCGAAGUCGGUGAGCACAUCCCUCCAGAGGCCGAAGCGGCUUUCCUCCGCACUUUGAGCCAAGCAAAGGAGGGCAUCAUCCUUGCCUGGGCGACACCUGGGCAGGCGGGGCACGGUCACGUCAACGGCCGCUGGCAGCGCUACCUGAUCGGCAAGCUGACGACGGGGCACCUGCGCUAUUGCCUGGCCCUCUCGCACCAGCUUGCGCAGGGAUUUUCGCAAGGAUUCCACUCUUUGUGGGAGUACCGCAACCUCAUGGUGUUCGUCGCAAAGGACUCGGCGCACAUCUGCGACCUUCCUACCCGAGACCUCGUCGCUUCGGUCGGUGUCCUUCUGGCUGCAGCUGGUGCAGCCGUGGCAUUGACCCUGGCCCUUCGCGGGCCACUGCAGAAACUUGCCACCGAGCCGGGUGCCCUCGGCUCGUCGGGGCUGAUGGCAAGCUGCAUUCGCAUGUUUCGAGCCUCGCGCCUCGGCUUCUCCGGGAAAAUCUCAACGGUCUGA